CGCAGAACCCUUAAUCAAUCCAUCAUGUUCCUGAUGAUAAAACUCAACGCACACCGACCCCAAAUCCCAAAAACUCACAGACCAAAUGAGGAUUAACACUAUCUCGUGCUUGGUGCUGGCGUUGGUAGGAUGUAUCAGCGGGUUAACGAUCAGAUUUAGGGAUCCCUCGAGGAACGCCGCAUUGCCGCGGAGGCGAACGCUGACGGGUUGGCGGUCCUCGGGCUGGGCCAGUGAAGGCCAAAGACGUAGGUUGAUUAGAUUGAACAACAUUUGGUCACAAUAUAGAUUUCCUAGCCAUGGAUCAUUGCCUUAUUCAGAUGUGAUUGGAUUGAAUGAUUUUGAUACAUCAACACCAUGGAGACAGAGGAUCAGCAGACCACGUGACACUAAUGCUUUGUCAUCACUGGGAUCCACAGGCGCAAGGGUGGGAGACCGAUCCCCAUCCACCGGUCUUCAAUCACGUGACCGAUCAUCUUUGUACGAGAAAUAUGGCUCGCUCGCUGACUACCUUCCACUUCCCGUGGGUGAAAAAUUCAAAUCCUCACCAAUCAAAGACCCUCGGUCGAACAGGGACCCUCUUCCGUCCGGGCCUCUUGCACCAGAAAUAAGCAGAAUGAGAGAAGAAGUUAAAGCCAAAGUCGAGUCCGGAUAUUACGGUCAAAAGCCCUUGUACGACUUCUUGUAAUUUCGGCAUAUGAAGGAUUAUGGUUUAUUUUGUUGCUUGUUUACGUUGUUAUAAAGAUGAAUUGAUUCGUCAUUGGUAAUAUUAGUUUUAUUCAUGAAAAUAUGAUUUGUAAAACGCAUAUGGAUAUAUUAAAUUACAAUUGUGAUAAAUGAUUUGUAUUCAGUUCAUUUUUCAUAGACUUGAAUUACAUAUUUAUCCAGGUUUUAAAGUCUCGCAAUAAAACUGUUUUGGUGAAAUGCGAACUUGCUUACACAAUUGGAUUUGUAGAAGCACUUUAAAAAUUUAUCAUAAAUCGCUCACACAUAGCUGUGACGGUGCCAUUAAGUUGAUGGUCUUGUUGUGUUUCAUUGAUAUCUGUAUUUAUCAGUCUGAAACCUAGCCAUUUAUGAGUUAAGGAAUAAUUAUUAAAUGGUCACGUUUGCU